AGUUCGCGCGCCGCUUUCGAAGUGUGACCACGCCGGUCGCGCCUCCAGUGACUUACGAUCUCGAACUAUCUGUGCGAUUGGAUAAUAACUGAUUUUUUUGUGUAAGAAAUAUUUCUCAACCACCACUACACAGUACAUAAGUUUGUGUUUUACAUAAUUUCGACGCCGUAGACGUGCGAAUGUGGGAUUUCCAAUAAUAAAUCUGAAAAAAAAGUGUUAAAAACAUAUUAACACGUGUAUGAUGAGCGAGUGCUGAAACAACAAAAUGGCGUCCAAAUGCAGGACUUUUUUACUAGUUUUAGUGUUAGUUAAUACUAUAAGUGUAAACCUGAGUGACAGUGAAUUAGUGCAACAUUAUAACGAAGAAGACAACUCAAAAUAUAAUGACAAAGAACACGAAGAGCCCAUCAGCAACGCGGACAAUUACGCGGACGACAGGCAACAUCCCAAUUACGACCAGGACAGUGAUUACGUAAAAGCUACCACUAUUGAAGAGUACACUACAACAGAAGCUGCUGGUGACGACAAUUUUCGGAGUGAUGACACAGUGAAAAAUGAUGAAGAAUCAGCUGAAGCUAGUCACAGUAUAGCAACAGCUGAUGUCACAGAGACUGUGAUAGCAACAGUGUCCAAUGUCGAGGACAAAGUUUAUAAACACAGUCAGGAUGUCGAGGAGGAUAUUUAUCCUGGCGAGAAUUACAAUGGAAGGUUGGAGACCACACCACAACCGGCUGGCAUAACUGUUGACGCCGAAGACUUCGUGCCAAGGAUCGCCGUCUUAGAAGACGACCUGGACAUCCAGGGCCAGAGGAACCCAAAAACUGACAAAUCGGAAUCGAACCCAAACGAGCAGAGGAACUUCGACACCAAACCGCGCCCCGACCAAGCGGUGAGCAAGAGCGCGACCCUCAAGAGCUGGCUGGAAGACUCGUGGAUCCGACCACCCGCCGGUUUGCUGGUGCCGUUGCGGCCGAUGGCUCUGAACAGGGCCUUAGCGGUGUGGAACGACUUGACCGUCGGAGGGCUUAACGUAUCGGAUAUAGUCAUCAUAGGGUACGAUUCAAACGGUGAGAGCACACAAUUUUUAAUGCUGCAUUUACUCCACUAA